AGCUGAGGCAGUGGGAACAUGAAUCUCUUACCUAAAAGCUCCAAGGAAUUUGGCUCCGUUGACUAUUGGGAGAAGUUCUUCCAGCUUCGAGGAAAGAAAGCUUUCGAGUGGUAUGGAACCUACCUGGAACUGUGCGGGGUGCUACACAAAUAUAUCAAGCCCAGAGAAAAGGUGCUAGUGAUCGGGUGCGGCAACUCAGAACUGAGUGAGCGGCUGUACGACGUGGGCUAUCAGAAUAUAGUGAACAUUGACAUCAGUGAGGUCGUCAUCAAGCAAAUGAAGGAACACAAUGCCAGCCGACGGCCCCAGAUGAGCUUCUUGAAGAUGGACAUAAUGCAGAUGCAGUUUCCCGAUGCCUCAUUCCAGGUGGUGUUGGACAAGGGCACCCUGGACGCUGUCCUGACAGAUGAGGAGGAGAAGACCCUGCAGCAGGUGGACAGGAUGCUGGCUGAGGUUGGCCGUGUCCUGCAGGUGGGCGGUCGCUACCUCUGCAUUUCCCUGGCACAGGCUCACAUCCUGAAGAAAGCAGUGGGUCACUUCUCCCGGGAGGGGUGGAUGGUGAGGGUGCAUCAGGUGACCAACAGCCAGGACCAGGUGUUGGAAGCAGAGCAUCAGUUCUCCCUACCUGUCUUUGCCUUCAUCAUGACCAAGUUCAGACCAGUCCCUGGCUCUGCCCUGCAGAUCUUUGAGCUGUGUGUUCAGGAGCAGGGGAAGCCCACGCGGCUGGAGAGUGCUGAGCGGCUGGCUGAGGCGGUGCUGGAACGGCAGCAGUACGCCUGGCUGUGCAGCCAGCUACGCCGCAAGUCUUGGCUGGGGAGUGUAUCUCUGGACUUGUGCAAUGGGGAUACAGGGGAGCCGCGCUACACCCUCCACGUGGUGGACAGCUCUGCUGUGAAACCAUCGAGGGACAAUCAUUUUGCCAUUUUCAUCAUCCCCCAAGGCAGGGAGACCGAGUGGCUCUUCGGCAUGGAGGAGGGACGGAAGCAGCUGGCGGCCAGCGCAGGCUUUAGGAGACUGGUCACAGUGGCCCUUCACCGUGGUCAGCAGUACGAAGGCAUGGACAGCAUCCAGGCUGAGCUUUCGGCCAGAGUCAUGGAGCUGGCCCCGGUGGGGAUGCCCGCCCAACAGCAGGUGCCCUUUCUAUCUGUGGGUGGGGACAUCGGCAUCCGGACGGUUCAGCACCGAGACUGCAGCCCCUUGAGUGGUGACUACGUCAUUGAGGACGUGCAGGGGGAUGACAAGCACUUCUUCCGACGGCUCAUCUUCCUCAACAACAGGAACGUGGUGCAGUCGGAAGCCAGGCUGCUGAAGGAUGUGUCUUACAGAGCCCAGAAGAAACACAAAAAGGAUAGGAAGAAGCAGUGGCCUGCUGAAACUCCGGAUGCCGUCCCUGCAGCCCCGUCGCAGUCUAUUGAUAAGAGUUACCUGUGCUGUGAACACCACAAAGCCAUGAUUGCCGGCCUUGCCCUGCUGAGAAACUCCAAGCUGCUCCUAGAGACCCCACUGGCAUUGUUGGUGGUAGGCCUGGGCGGGGGCAGCCUCCCCCUCUUUGUCCACGAUCAUUUCCCGAAGUCCUGCAUUGAUGCUGUGGAGAUCGACCCCUCCAUGUUGGAAGUGGCCACCCAGUGGUUCGGCUUCUCCCAGAGUGAGCGGAUGCAGGUCCACAUUGCAGAUGGCCUGGACUAUGUCACCAGCUUGGCGCAAGGAGGAGAAGCACGGCUUCACUAUGACGUCAUAAUGUUUGAUGUGGACAGUAAGGACCCAACACUGGGAAUGAGCUGCCCGCCCCCAGCGUUUGUGGACCAAGCUUUCCUGCAAAAUGUCAAAAGCAUCUUGACUUCUGAAGGUGUCUUUAUCCUCAACCUCGUGUGCCGAGACUUGGAGCUGAAGGACUCAGUGCUAGCUGGGCUCAAGUUAGUAUUCCCCCUGCUGUACGUCCGGCAAAUUGAGGGUGAAGUCAACGAGAUCCUGUUCUGCCAGCUGCACCCAGAGCCGAAGCUUGCCACACCGGAGCUCCUGGAAACAGCCCAGGCCUUGGAGCAGACUCUGAGGAGGCUUGGGAGGGGUUGGGAUGACACAUAUGUCCUCUCAGAUAUGCUCAAGACUGUGAAGAUUGUGUGAUCACUGAGGCCAGGUGUCCUCUCCAUGCUUCAGAGAAUUUGCUCAUCAGAAUAGUUGGUGGCUGUAGGCUGCUAAUGCAAACCGUGGUCUAACUCUGCUGGGACACUCCCUGGGUUGUGAGGAAAGGGUUUUGUUUGUCUGGGCAGAGCCAUUAGUGCCGCUGCAGAGUUAUUCACUUUUCAGUUAAUGACAGGCAAAUGGGUCUUUACCAGAAUUUCACCUAACUUUAGGUAUGAGGACUUUGAAGAAGGGGAGGGUUGUAAACUCAAGGGGUUACCAAGCCAGGCAAGUAACAUAAAUGUGUGAAGUGAACCAGGUAUAAGACAAAAAGGGUAGGAUGAGACUUGCGGCAAUCUGGAGAGUAAAUGCCCCACCUAAAGGCAACAGCUUUUCUCUUCCAACUGAGGGUUGCCCUGCUGGAAUGCUGUCCCAGUGUAGCUAGAUACUUAAGAAAAGCCAGACAUGCACACUUGUGGGUGUGUAAGUAAUGGAGAGACAGAAAUAUCUUGAUGUUAAAGUAUUGGCCAAUAAAACACAUUUUCAGGUCACAUUCAGCCUGUGAGCCUGGAGUCUGCAUCUUCCACUACCAGGAGAUAGCCUACGGAGUGCUUGAGAAUCUGGCGUACACUCGGGCUGUGCGUGAGCAUGAAAUGAGGAGCAAGCUGUAGCUUAUCAGGUGCAGUGGUCUGCUGGCCCUUAAUUUUAGCCUAGUGAAACCCAUUUCAGACUUCUGAACCACAGAAUUGUGAGAUAAUAAAUUUGUCUUGUUUUUAAGCCAGUAAGUUUGUUUUAAUUUGUUGCAACAGCAAUAGGAAAGUAAUACACCUGGGAAACUUUAAAAAAUACUUAGGCCUGGGCCCCACCCCACCCCACGAGAUUCUGAUUUUUAAUUUGUCUGGGGAGCAGAUUUUGCAUCUGAAUUUUUAGACACUUUCCAAGUAGUGUAGCUGCACAGCCAAGUUGAGGACCACUUAUCGGGGGAGGGUCUGUGAGUG